AAGUAGGUCCUUAAACUCUUCAUUCCACUUUUCCUAUGUCCCCUCACCUUCAACAACCAACAAUGAUAUUCAAAGCACAAUAAUAAUACUACUACUCUUCCACUCAAGACUUGAAAACCCUUCUUUGUUAUCUCAUAUCUUUCUCAGUGCAAAAACCUUUUUCUUCCUUUUAAUUUUUCCCCCCUCACCCUCUUUAUUCCUCACUUUCACCACUCUUAUAAUAUAGUCAACACUUUCUUACCUGUUUCAUACUUAGCUUUCAUCAUCUUAUUCCUCAUACCAUUAUACCAUUCCCGGCAUUUAAUUUUACAUACCCAAAAGAAAAGUGAAAAAGAGAGAGAGAGAGAGAGAAUAGAAUAACGUAACCUAUCUAAUCUUCUUUAUAAUUAUUCAUUCCCUUCCCAUCCUAUUAUAUAUUCUCUGUGCUAUAUAUACAAACACAUUCCUUGUAACACUUUUUUAUUGUUUAUUGUUAUAAUAAUAAUAAUAAGAAUCAUGGGAUUCUCUGAGAAGCCACCACAAAUAAUAGAAGGAGGAGGAGGGUUAGACUCAUCAGAUAACAAUAACAGAAAAUGGGUCAUCGCCGGAACGUCUUUGAGAGCGCCAUUGAAACCAAUUUACACUGUGAUUCCGGUGGAUCAGAAAGCUAAACAACAAGAAGAAGAACAACAAGAUGAGUUUUCAACUUCAACAACUCCAACGGGAAAAGAAGCAAGGGUUCCAACAACUUUGAACUGUCCACCGGCUCCGAGGAAGCCAAAAUCUUCUCUCAAGUGCAACUACCACGGCGCCGGUGGUGGAGCUAAGGAGUUCUUCACUCCGCCGGACUUGGAAACUGUCUUCAUUCGCCAUGUUGUUGAAAGGGCUAUUUGAUUGAUUUCAUGUAUAUAUAUCACUCUAGUCUUGUAUACUUAUGCUAUGGUGGUUAUGGUAGCUAUGAUUCAAAUUAAAGUAACAUUUUUUUACUAUUUAAUAAUGUUUUUUAAAAAAUGUUGCUAAAAAUAAUGUUACUAAAAUGUAAAA